GGAAAUAAGUUGAUUUUCGUGUGCGGAUCAAAUAUUAGUAUCGAAACAGAAAGAAAGAAAGAAAAAAAUGUGGCAUUCCUCGAAAACGACACCGAUGGAGAGCAAUGUUCCAGAGAACGAGCAAAAGCAAAAGUACGAGGAUCAACGUAACUCGAGCCAAGCUGAUUCCGGGUUUCUCUCCAGUGGGAAUCUGCAAAUCAGUUCGGAGCUGUGCGAUCCCGAAUUGAAUGUUGCAACAACCGCACCAGUCGCUCCGGAACCAAUGAAAGCGGACAGCGGUGUCGAUCUUGGCUUGAGCGAAAGCUUGAGUCAGCUUACGUUGAAACAUGUUACACUAAAUCCUCUGACGAGCGGUAAGGUUCAGGCCGAGCCUACUGUCGAAUUGACUCCGGUAAGCGCCGAAAAACUCGAGCAACAUAAUGCUCCGAUGUUGCAACAUGAACCGCAUCAGUCCUCUGAAAAGCCGCUUAAUGAGGAACCUUGGCAGCUCUACUAUACUCAGGACGAUGAUGGUGACACGCAACUUCACAUAGCUAUAGUGCAAGGCUUUCUGGAAGCUGCGUUUAGCUUAAUAAGAAUGGCACCACAUUCCUAUUUUUUAAAUAUCCUGAACGAUGACGGCCAAUCGCCCUUGCACCUGGCCGUAUUGACACGGCAACCGAGGAUCGUUAGACGGCUAAUUUUAGCAGGUGCAAGCCCAACAUUGAGAAACUUUCGCGGGAACACGGCUCUUCACUUGGCGUGUGCGACGGGAGAUAUUGCCUGUGCAAAGGCCCUUACCGAUCCUCUGACACUCAUCGAAAGAAGCUACUUUCUCCCAGGGAGGAAGAUACCUCCCCUGCCACAGAAUUUAGAACAGCGAAAUUACGAUGGAGAAAUGUGUUUGCAUAUCGCCGCUUCAUCGGGUCAAGUGGAGAUUGUGCGGCUUCUACUGCGUCUCGGAGCGGAUCUUGAAGCCAGAGAAGCAUUGGCGGGGAAAACGGCUCUUCACCUCGCUGUGGAACGUGGGUGUCGGUCAGUGGUCGCAUUCCUCCUCCAGGAGUGCAGGCCUUGUCUAGAUACACAGACCUAUGCCGGGAUCACAGCAUAUCAGUUAGCUCUGUGCUUUGAUAGUCAACUCGCGAGGGAAUUAGUAAGACUGGGCGCAACACCGGAACCGCUUCCAGAACCAGAUUCGGAUAGCAGUGACGAGGAAGAGAGUUCUGCCGCUAAUUAUUUGCCCACGAUCGCGAGACUUCGACAAAACGUGGUCGGUGUCAAAUUAUCGAAGUGUUUACGAAAAAAAAAAUGCAACACGACAAAUAACUGGGAUUCCCCAGUUACUCCAGUUUGCUGAUGGAAAUACCAGAUUCUGUGGCAAUAAAAAUAAUGUCAGAUCAAACAACCUUGAACGUUUACCAAACGUAUAAUAGCGGACGUUUUACCAAAGUUGUCUAUAUUUCAAACGUAUUUAUCCCCAUGAAUUAUUUCUAUACACAUGUAUGAUUUUUUUUGUUUUUAUCCAAAUUCCGAGAAUUUUAGAUUGUUGAAUCGAAAAUCAAGGUCACUUUUCACGGAAAUGAAAUUAUGGUGAAAUGAAGUCUAAAUCAAAUCUCUUUCUUUUUUUUUUUUUUUUAGCUAUAUGAGAUUUAA